AUGUCCUCUGCACAAUCGAUUGCUCCAGCACAUGCAGAGCCCUUGAAAAUCGCUGUCGUCAAGCCGGAAACGACCGCCGGAGAUCAACGGAGAACGAGAAACGGCAAAUUCACAUUGGCUCAACUGAGACAAACGGACGCUCUUGUCCCGCUCCAAUCCGGCACAAAUCAAUUCGAUUCGCAAAAAGGAAAAACGGGAUUCGGCACUCCGCGGAACACAGCCACGAAAGUCGUCUGGACCGAGGAAAACAAGAAAUGGGCGAUCGAUGAGGCGAAAAAUGACAACGUCGUUCGUCUCCAAUCGGGCACCAAUCAAUUCGACUCACAAAAGGGAAAAACCGGUUUCGGAAUGCCGCGAAACACGGCGACAAAAGUGGAAUUCGGCGAGAACGAGAAGCAAAGAUGGAUGAUCGAUCCGCUGAGAAAUGACCCGAUUGUUCGGCUCCAAUCCGGCACAAAUCAAUUCGAUUCGCAAAAGGGAAAAACGGGUUUCGGCAUGCCGCGGAACACGGCCACGAAAAUCGAGAUGGCUGAUGAUGGAGUGAUUCGUCAAUGGUUUGUCGAACCCGAGAAAAACGAUCCAAUUAUUCGACUACAAUCGGGAAGCAAUCAAUUUGAGUCGCAAAAGGGAAUGACUUGUUUCGGUGCGACUCGUGAUGUCAAGGGGAAACAUUUGAAACGAAUCUGGGAACUUGAAUUCCCCGAAGAGGCUUUACAAGAACAACCGAUCAACGCUUCACACGGAAAUGGACAU